AUGUCGACUGUGACGCGACGCCGACAUCGAAGAGAGCGCGUGUUCGCCCAGUACGCUGUUGUGAUGAUGGGACGGCAGCGUGUGUUCCGUGACCGCUUGAACCCUUUGGAGGAGUUCGACGAGGACGAACUGCAGGAGCGCUUUCGAUUCGGUCGCGCGGGCAUUGUGUUCCUCGCCGACACACUGCGCCCGGACUUGGAGCGGCCGACGCGUCGCAGCCGCGCCCUCUCUGCAGAGCAGCAGGUCAUUGUCGCCUUACAGUUCUACGCCACGGAAAACUUCCUCAUCACCGCAGGGGACUACAUCCGUGUGCACGUCUCCACUGCUUCGCGGACUGUGAGGCGGGUGACUCAGGCCUUGGCACGUCGUGCCCGAGACUUCAUAGGGUGGCCAGGUGAAGCUGAGGGUCAUGCCUUACAACAGGCCUUCUUUGAGAUCGGCAAGCUGGCCGAUGGCGUUUACGAGGGCCUACUGCUUGGAGACAGCGGCUACACCUGCAAGCCAUGGCUGAUGACGCCCUUCCUGUCUCCGUCAUCAGCAGCGGAGGUCGCCUACAAUGCGUCACAUAGCACAACGAGGAGCAUCGUGGAACGCGGACCCUGUGUUAAGGAGAAAGCUCUCCUCCAAAGUGAGACUCAACACAAUUCCUGAACACAACUUCGGCUCGUAAAUAUGAUGGAUUACAAGAUCCUGGCGGCACCUUUUUCGAUUUCGAGAUUUAGUAAGGGUACUUUGGUAUUGCAAGAGCAUUUAUAUAUGCUCUUAUGCAUGUUUAUUUAUUUAUGCCAACUCAUUUGUUUAGCUAUCAAUUUUCUGUAGGUGCGAGUAGAUUAGAACUAAAUUGAC